AUGAUCCCUCAACUUAAGGCGGCACCUCACUCAUCCGGAACAUCCGAAGUGGACACUACGAGAGCCAGGUUGACCGGCUCUGGUCAACGUGGCGGCAUCAUGCUCGAGAUCUUCGGACCGAGCGAUUCUUCUGACGAAUUCUCGUCUAGAGAAAGUCCAACGGACACUAGGACGCGAAGUGAUGGUGGUGACGCAUUUAUGCGUCGCCACGGGAAAAGAAACUCGAAGGAUCGAGCUGCCACUGGUGUCAGUGCUCGUGCUGACACCACUCAAGAGGCCAGGGACCGAAGUGUCCUGCGCCACGCUCCGUAA